GAGGGGCGUCGUCUAUGGCUUAAAAGCCAUAGAGCCCCCACAUCCCCAUAACACAUUUUUUUUUUGUCUUUUUUCCUCUGUGGGCUCUGGUGAGAUCUUGGUAGAAGCAUGUCUGGCCGUGGGAAGAAGGCGCCCUCCAAAGUCAGGACCGAGGUCAAGACCCGCUCAGCCCGGGCGGGCCUCACCUUCCCGGUGGGCCGGCUGCUCCGCCUGCUGAAACGGGGGAACUACGCUCACCGGAUCGGCUCCGGGGCCCCCGUCUACCUGGCCGCGGUGCUGGAGUACCUGACGGCCGAGGUGUUGGAGCUCUCCGGCAACGCCUCCAAGGACAACAAGAAGCAGAGGAUCGUGCCCAGGCACAUCCAGCUGGCCGUGAGGAACGACGAGGAGCUGAACAGGCUGCUGGGGGAGGUGACCAUCGCCGAGGGGGGUGUCCUGCCCAACAUCCAGGCGCAGCUCCUUCCCAAGAAAACCAAGGCGUCCGCCCGCGACGACGGAGGGAAAGACCUGCAGUCGCAGGAGUUCUAGUUCUGUUGGGUUUUAUAUCUCUGUGUGUGUGUGCGCUUGAAACUCCUGCUUCCAAUUUCGACUGCUCUAAAAUGGGAUGUUGUCGUUGAUUUUGUGGAUAUUGCACUUUAUACCUGAAUAAAUAUUUUUUGUUAUACAA